AUGCCACAGGGGCGUGACUGGGCGUCCUCGACCGGCUCAGCAUUGGAACUGUCUGCAGCUUCACCGACGGGCUUGCCUCAGCACAGGCAGCACUUUGCCAACCUCAUCGAUCGUUCUCCGUCUCCCAGCGGUCGCAGGAGCUCCCUCUCUGACUUGCCGAGCUCGGACAGCCCGAGCAAACUCACGCCUGUCUCGACUAGUCGCGGCAAGAGCGUGACGGGCGCCUUGCCACAGUGGCGUACGCCCAGUCUCACGUCCAGCAACAGCAUCAAGAGCGCAAGACGCAAGUCGGCUCAGCUCUCCACCGUAGCGACAGGAUCGAUAUCGCACAGAAGCAAGCGACGCGCAUUGACAGGACUCAUCAGCGUCGUACUCUUUCUGAUCUUGCUCAACUGGCAGAGCGACGACGGCGCCAAGAGCGUGCUGUCCAGGAUGAAAGCACUCGCUCCGGACUCAGCAAGCGUCGGGCGACUCUUGCCAGGCAGGCGCCGACCGCCAACGCCCAAUCCGCCCAUACCUGCCAGCAUGAAAUACAUCACACUGCCUUACAAGACAGCAGGCAACAUGACCAUCAGCUUCGACUUGUACAUCCCCAAAACUCCGCCACGGUACCAUUCAAGGUCCAAGCGACCCGCUCUCGUCUACUUCCACGGCGGCGGCGUCAUAGUAGGCACAAAACAAUCUUGGCUGCCCUUCUGGCUCAUUCACGCCUGUCUCGAUCGCGGCUACAUCUUCAUCUCAGCAGACUAUAGACUACUGUACCCCUCGAACGGACACGACGUCUAUUCGGACGUUACCGACCUCUUCCGGUUUAUCAGGCGAGAACUCAACGGCGUGCUUGCCGACCGCUCAGAAGACAUCGGCGUUCUCAUCGACAGGGACAGGAUAGGCGUUUCUGGCAGCUCCGGUGGAGGCUGGCUCGCCUAUCUGGCCGCUGCGCACCACAAGAACAGCGCUGUCAAAGUCCUCAUCAACUUUUAUGCAAUGGGCGGUGACUUCCUCAGCGAAAGAUAUGUGGUAAAAGGCGCAAGAAAUCGCGACGGACUACCCCCGAUUGACGCCAAAAAUAUCCAAUCGCUCAUCGAGCCGGGCGUCGUUCUGCGGCCGACUUGCGCAGAGCCAGCAGCAGGCGAUCCAGAAACUGGCUUGCCUACCAAUCCACGGAGCCAGCUCGUGCACUAUCUCAUAGAACAGGCUGUCUAUCUCGACGUUCUCACGGGCCACAAGGGUGUCACGAAGGAUCUAGAGCCACUGGUCAAGAAUGAACUUGCGGCCGCCGAGAGGAUACCCAUCGAUUCGAGGGCUCUAUUUCCACAACUCUUAGUCUCAGAAAACUGGCCGCCUUCGUACCUCUUGCAUGGCAGUCGUGAUUCAGCAGUGUUGGUAGGCGAGACGGUACAUAUAGCAGAGAAGAUCAGACGGGCAGGCGUGGAAUGCAAAGUCGCCAUCAUCGAUGGGGCGGAGCAUUCGUUCGAUCUGCACGGUCAUGGCCCGGACAAGCUCAGGGAUGCCGUCGACUUCCUCCAAAGACACCUAGAAUUGUAG